AGCACAGUUCGUAUUAUUUUUUACCUCUCGAGAUCAAAUCCACUUAAAGAAAUGGGCUUCUAAGGGCUGUCUGGGUGUUAAGAAUGGUUUUUUGUGCUGCCUCUAACAACCACUGGUAAGUUGAGCUUUCCUGGACACAAUACAUGAGCAGUUAUUACAACAGAAGGAAUUCGACCUGCUCCUUAUUGGGUUGCAGCACAAAAAUGCAUUCUUGGCUCCGCUUGCAUGGACGAUGUUGGGUCUUCACUGAUGAGAGCUGUGGCUGGUGUUUUACCUGGUGACCUCAGGGACCAUCACUAUCCUCAUGUCCUAUGGAGGAGGCUUUUACGGACGCACUGAGCGAGUCCGCCAGGCGCCCCACUAUGACCAGGUACCACAGGGCACGUUACCCCGAGAAGACCCCUACGACCCGCAGCCGCUGAGAGAGCAGAGAGCGCCCCAUCUCGCCCAGAGCGCCGACCCCCUCCCACCUCCGCCUCUGCCGGACCAGCCCCCCGUCGGCCCCGAGUUCGAUCCCAGCGGCAGCGAGGACAACACCGACCCGGAGAACGACCCCGCCAUCGACAUCAAACCAGUCCACCGCUUCAUCCCUGACUCCUGGAAGAACUUCUUCAGAGGAAGCAACCGCAGCAGCAACAAGCCGUGGUCCAUGCCUGCCUCCUCAUAUAACAACAACAACAGCACCACUGAGGGGGUGCGCUGCUCGCCGCCGCACUCCCCCUCUGUUCCCGGAUCGUACCGGGAUCCCUAUGGGGGCUCAGGUGGCAGCUACAACUCGAGAAAGGAGCUUCUGGAUGGACACGAUGCCCAAGAGUCUGUGUCAGGGCGCACCUACCGCACGGGUCUGACCUACAGCGAGCGAGUGGAGGAGUACCAUCAGCGCUACGCCUUCAUGAAGUCCUGGGCGGGACUGCUGAGGAUUCUGGGCUGUGUGGAGCUCCUGCUGGGAGCAGCUGUGUUUGCCUGCGUCUGUGCUUACAUCCACAAAGACAACGAGUGGUUCAACAUGUUCGGAUACUCGUCUCCUGGUGGAGCGUACGGAGGAGGUUUCUACGGUGCCGGCACAGGCGGGUCCUACUACACGGGCCCCAAGACCCCGUUUGUGUUGGUGGUGGCGGGGCUGGCCUGGCUGGUGACUGUGAUUGUACUGGUGCUGGGGAUGACCAUGUACUACCGCACCAUCCUGCUGGACUCCUCCUGGUGGCCUCUGACGGAGUUCACCAUAAACCUGGCUCUGGCAGUUCUCUACAUGGCAGCAGGCAUUGUCUAUGUCCGUGACACGACCCGUGGAGGGCUCUGCUCCUACCCAGUCUUCAACAAUGGCAUCAACGGGGUGUUCUGCAGAACAGAGGCCGGACAGACCGCUGCCAUCAUCUUCCUGUUUGUCACUAUGCUCAUUUAUCUGAUCGGAGCUCUCGUGUGUCUCAAGCUGUGGAGACAUGAAGCUGCACGCAGAUACCGGGAGCGGUACGGCCAGGAGAUGCAGCCCUCUGAGUUGAGAAUGGUACGCUCGUUGGUUGUUCCAGAUGCAGCUCCUGCUCCCAGAACUCCAGAACAGGUCCAAGGUUCCUCGGUCGUUCCCAUCCAGGCUGCUCCAAAACCAGUUCCAGCUAAGAUUUUGCAGGGAGCCAUACCAUCAGGACACAUCCCAAAACCUGUUAUUGUGCCUGACUAUAUUGCCAAGUACCCAUCCAUAAAGUCAGAUGAGGAGCGGGACCAGUACCGAGCUGUGUUCAACGACCAGUACGCAGAGUACAAGGAGCUCCACUCUGAGGUGCAGGCUACCCUCAAGAAGUUUGACGAGAUGGACGCCAUGAUGCGCGGUCUGCCCCAGAACCCCACCAGCCAGAUGGAGGUUGAUCGCAUCAACAGAAUCCUUCAGGAGUACCAGAGGAAGAAAAAUGAUCCGACGUUCCUGGAGAAGAAGGAGCGCUGCGAGUACCUGAAGAGCAAACUGUCUCACAUCAAACAGAAGAUCCAGGACUACGAUAAAGUCAUGGAGUGGAACGACGGAUACAGCUAAAACCCUCUGAGGCGUCUCUCUACCCCGGAGCGCCACCGGACACUAAUACAGACCUAAACGCUGACGGCUAUAAGCAGGAAGUGGUGGUGAAAAAUUACAUUUUAACUGGAGACCACAGGAGCAUCAGGGGGAUUUUCAGCCUGCUUUAACUUGUAAAUGUGUGUAACGGUUGUCUGUGAGAAAACGUUCAUCAGCAGCUUUGUUUGUCUGUGUUUAUUAAAGCCCACAAGUAGAACCAAAGGGGUAGAAUGUUUUAUGCUUAAAGGGACAGUUUGGCAUUUUGGGAAAUCCACCUGAGAAAAUCAAUAUCACAUUCAUCUCUGUGGGAUACAUGCAUCCAGAAGCCAGGGAGCUUAGCCGCCUACAUGCAUCGCUAAAGUUUGCAAUUAACAUUUUAUAUCUCCUGCUAGUGUAAAGAUGAGAGUUAGCCGUGUUGUUUUCUUAGAAACACAAGUGAACUGAGAUUUUUACACUUCAGUUUUUGUACAGAUUAAACAAACAGGAGCUUUAGAGGUGUUUAAAGGUGGAUAUCUGGAGCGAGGCUAACUGUUUCCCCUGGUUUCCAGUCUUUAUGCUAAGCUAAGCUAACAGUCUCCUGGCUGAUGCAACAGUGGUAUUGAUCCUCUCACGUAACGCUCUGCCAGAAAGCGAAUAAGCAUAUGUUCUGUAUACUGUGACUAUAUAGUAGCAGAGGUUAACCACUUCAUUUGGCAGAUGACUGGUAACUGAUGUGAAUGUUUGCAGUAGGAGGGAGGAGACAUUAAAUAUGCUGCAUUAUUCCUGUCCAGGUUUACCUUUCUGUCGUCUCGUUUGUCAGUUGUCUGUAGAAAUUUCAUAACUUCCACAGCCUUGAAAUGAAAACCACUGCUUGUCAGGACAAAUCCCAUCUCGCUGGUUUCUUGAACUGCUGUGAUGAUUGUUUGGAUUGUUGUAAUUGCACAUUGUGUCUUUUUUAAUAUGCAGCUGUUAUAUAUGUUAUAAAUAUGCAUGUCCUAUAAUGUGUCCUAAUGUGAUCUGUCCUGUCAUUUCAUAGAAUAAACUUUUUGUACCUUA